AUGGAGGCUCUGCGCCGCUGCUUUUCAGUUGAAAUGAAAGUGUUGCCUCAAGAAAUCAUUCAAAGCCCACCAUGGCAUCCCAGGUUUGAAGAACCAACGAUUUGUCCACCAUUAGGUUUUGCCAGGAUUCACUUGAUCAAAGACAAAGAUGGCAUAGAUGAUUAUUUGGCGAAGAAUAUCAAAGGGUUGUCAAAACAAGAAGCUGCGGCUAACAGGAAUUCAUACAAGGAGAACAUCUGCAUAGACAUGCUGCGACAGGGUUAUCACAAGUCCUUCUCCGAGCUCUUCACUCUGAUACAGAAGUGGAAUGCCUUGAGGGAGGCUGCAGGGCCUGGGUCAGCCAUAUGGCAGCGGCAGUCCCUGGAGGAGCAGCCUGAUAAGCUGGAUCAGCUUUACCACUUCCUGACCAGGGCUGAGGCAGCCCAGCGAGCAGGGAACUCUGAGGAAGUUUAUGAUAACCAGCUUAACGUGGCCUACUGCUUCGAUGACUCUGAAGAGAAACAGUUAAGGAAUUACUUUUAUGAACAAUGCUUUAACACUGCUCAACUAAUAAAAACUGAUGGUGGGAAAAGACAAGCGCAAGCACAUGCAUAUAUGGGCCUUAUCAAUGAGGAACAAGGUCAUGUCUUGAAGGCUGCUGAGCAUUAUGAAGUAUUUUACCAGCUAACAGAAGGUUCAACGUGGAAGGAUGAGACAGGCCAGACUUACUAUUCACUGGCAUGUGAGCAUCUUUGGAGAAUUUAUAUAUUACAAGCAGACAAAAUGCUAGAAAACAAAGAACGACAGCAGGCCAUCAGAACAUUAAUAAAAGCUAUCAGAAUGGCAAAAAACGGAGGUGAUAAGAAGAUGGAAGGAGAAGCUGCAUAUUGCUUAAGUUUAGUGUAUCAUUUUGCUGGAGAAGAGAAGACAGCAUUAUCAAUUUUGAACACCUCUAUAAAGAUCUUCACAGCACUGUGUGAUUCUGCAGGCCUAAGAAGAGCAUAUGAAGCUAUAGACAAGAUCCUGGUAAGUCAGGGAAAGGUGGCUGAAAGUCUUGCGCGCUUGGAAGAGUUUAAGAAGGUUGCUGAGAAUGCUCAUCUAAGCCAAAGUGUGGUGGAUGCAUGUGUGUUGAUCGGGAACAUUUACAAUGAAAGAGGGAAUUACGACAAAGCUCUUGAAUAUUUCACUCAGGCUUUCGAGGCAGCAAACACUUUAAAUGAUUUGUUCUUAGCUAAUGAAACAAGGACUUAUUGUGGCAUUGCAAAGGCUCAUAAACUGAUGGUGGCAUUUAACAGCCAUAUAGAAGCAGAAGAUCCCAUCAGCCUCAAGUACUUGCUGGCAUGGAAGGAGAACAGAAGCGACAUGUGCACUGACCCUCUCACAGUCGAGCUCGAUACAGAAACAAGCCCAUGUGAGCCUCCUCCAGAAACUAGCCCCGGUGAAUCUCUUCCAGAGACCCAAAUUCCAGAUCAUUCCUGAAAACAUCUGCUUACCUACAGCGAAGCUGAUAGAUGAACGUCGUGAGUUCAGGAAGAUCUCUGGAAACUCGGGCAACAAAGUAAGAACAUUGGUGGAAGUUUUGUUGUUUAAGUAAGAGCACGUUGUAUAAAUACAUGUUAGCUCUAAGUCCCUAAACGACCAAUGUCAUAUGUGUGGCUCCG